GUUGUAUACGGUACGACUGGAUCCGUAGGAUCGGGUGAUGAUUCUCGAGUCAUGUCAGAUAAAGUUCAAGUACUUGCCUCAUCGAUCUAUAAAGAAUUCGAAACUAUGAUACAAAAGUCCGGAGAGGAUAGUGUCAAAACAUUAGUGCAAGUCCCGUUGAUUUAUUACUCUCAGAAUUUGAUGCCAUUAGUGGUGAACGUAUUGGAAUGUUUGGAUUUGGCGUAUCUGGAGAAGGAGGAAUAUUCGGUUGAUUUGGAGAUGUUGAAAGAGGAUAAUGAACAGCUGAUGACGCAGUACGAACGCGAAAAACAAUUGCGUCGUGCUCAGGAUCAGAAAUGCUUGGAAAUUGAAGACUCAUCAGUGGAGCAGAUUCAUGAAUUGGAAAGUAAAAUCGAAUCACUGGAAUCGAUCAUGCGAAUGCUCGAGUUGAAAGCAAAAAAUGCCUCUGAUCACGCUGCCCGUUUGGAGGAGCGUGAAACGGAUCAGAAGAAUGAAUUCGAUAAGUUACACGAACGUUACAACGUUUUGUUGCGAACACACAUCGAUCAUAUGGAACGUACGAAAUAUUUGAUGGGCAGCGAUAAAUUUGAAAUGAUGCAAAAUAUGCCAAUACCAUCGCAACAUCUCAGAGCAAAUUCAGACGCAGAUCUGAGUUGA